ACUUCCCAGUCUCCAGAACCAUAAGCCAAUGAAUUUCUGUUCAUUAUAUAAAUUACGAAGUCUGUGGUAUUCUGUUACAGCAGCACAAAACAGAGUAAGACGGAGACAAAGAUACUUACCUGUGUAUUGGAAACAUGCUUAGUGCCACAGAGAAAAAUCAGCACUGAGACAAAGGAUCUCUCAGCAAGCAGUUUUUUACUUCCUGGACUGCAGGAAGGGGACUCUCGCCAGCCAUCUUGCCGCAGGAGUACAACGAACAGAUGAAAAGCAGACAUAUUUAUCCCUUAUGCAUUUGGGGUUCUCCUUACUGCUAUGUCUGAUCUCCACUGGCUGGAACCAGACCUCACAAUCUAAACUAAAACCUGAUUGACUAAUAAAACUUUUCUAAACAGGUAAGAGGCAUAGGCUGUGAGCUGGGACAUGCCUGUUAGCACAACCAGCACAGAUCUCUUGGUUAAAGUACAAGGACAUAGAAUGUACUACACACCUGUAAGCAUGGCAUGUCUACCAGCUACAUAGGAUAGGGCUUAACAAAGAGUUAUUAGCAAGUUCAUUCUUUAACAAAAAAGGAAACUUUGAAGAAGAACUUUUUUACUUGCCCCGUGUACAAAGGAGGAAGCUUCAAAAGAAGCCAUUCAUGUAUGGGUGGGGCUGCAGAAGGACCGAAGCAGAGAAUCCCUCAACAAUAAGGAACUGUGUUAAUCAGGAGUGGCCAGAAGGCUCCUCUCCGGGCCUCAUGGGGAGAAACCCUGGUCUGAUGAGAGGCCUGGACCCUGCCCGUCAGGACCAAAGCAGCACGUGCGAGGACGCUGCGGGCCAAGAGGCGGCAGCAGUUACCAGCCCCAGCCCCGGCCCUGCAGCUGAUCGUGCAGGUGACGCCCCGCCUGGGUGUCUUCAGUGCAGCCUCUGCUGGACAGAAGCACCAAGUCCCCCCCACUCUGACCCCGGGGCUGGAGCUGGUAGGUGACACCCUGCACUCUUAUUUGGGAUUCUGCUCCUCUUUCUGACCAACAGGUGAAGCCUCAGGGUGCAGAGAGGGGGCUAGGGGCCCGC